AUGCCCAAAAUUGUUAAAGAAAAAUCUAAAUCGCAUUCAUCACCUUAUCGCAGUGAUUCAAAGUCGUUAACAAUAGCAACAGCAUCUAUAGAUUUAGAAUCAACACCUAUAAAAGCAGAAGUCUUGAAAUCUUUUGAAUCACCUUUAAUAAAAGAAGAGGAAACAAACUUGGCAUUGAAUAAUAAGAUUGGAAUUGAAACUGAUGAUAAAUCUAAUAAUGCAUUUAAUGAUCUACCAGUUUCUAGUGAAAUAUCAUCUUACUAUUACAAACCAUUUAUGUGGCAAAUUGAUUAUUAUUUAUCCAUGUCACCGAAUAUCAAGUCAGAAAAUAUCACUCAAAGUAAAAACGAUAAAAAGAAUGUUAUUAAUGUUGGUGUUGAUAACAAUUUUAAUUUAAAAUCUGAAAUUUCAACAAAAUCUUCAAGAUUAAACUUCAACAUAAUUACUACAGAAACAAGGUAG